AUGCAGGCCCUCCUCUCCUCACACCUGGACCACCGAGAUAACCUGCUGCUUGGUCUUCCUGACUCGGGCUUCUCCCUGCUCUCAUCCAACCUCCACCCAGCCACCGAGCCUUUAGCCCAGGACCAUUACGGAAUGGAUGCUUGUCGACUGGUUGACUGGGGCGUCCCGCUGGCGAUCACCGCCGCUGCCGUUGCCCUGAAGAAGAUCGGCUACGACGCCUCCGAUGUGUCGGUGGGCUGGUGCUGGAUCAACAUCGAGGCGGAGGACCGGCUGCUGUGGAUGCUGCUGGCCGGGAAGCUCUGGGAGCUGCUGGCCUACCUGGUGCUCCCCCUGCUCUACAUUCUCAUCCGGAAGCACAUCAGCCGGGCGCAUGCUGCUCUCUCAGAGUACCGACCCCUCCUGGCAGAGACCCACGCGUGCCAGCACCGGACCUCAGUGGCUGAUAAGAAGCUCAUUCUCAUCCCUCUCAUCUUCAUCUGUCUGCGGGUCUGGAGCACGGUUCGAUUCAUCCUGACCCUCUGUGACUCCUCUGCUGUGCAGACACCCGUGCUGGUGGUCUUACAUGGAAUCGGGAACACAUUCCAAGGAGGUGCCAACUGCAUCAUGUUUGUUCUCUGUACACAAGCCGUCCGAGCCCGGCUCUGCUCUCUCUGCUGCUGCUGCUGCCAACGUUUGUCCCGCUCGGGGGACAAUCCCGAUGACCAUUACCGGAGCCCCUCACCCUCAAGGACAGGAGAAUUGCCACCUUCUAAGUAGACCCGGGCUGAGGUGCCACGAGCCCUCUGGCCUCCUGGAGCCCCCCCGUACCCUCCUCUGAGCUGGGAGGCCCUGCCAGAGCUGGUGACUUUGGGCAGGGGAUUGGGUUGCACAGAGUGUGUUUGCUGCUCAGAGAACUUUCUCUCGUCUGUGUGCCCAAACAUGGGGGUGGAGGCUGCCUGGGACUCUUGGGCAAUACUUUCCCAUGUGACCUGCCCAGUGGGAGGCUGGGGAGCCUCUGACUUUGGGGCACCUGC